CUCAGAGAUUGGAGAGCAAAGCAGCAAAAUCUUUGUGGCAGGAACAGUAGGAAGUUCUGGCUGAGAGCUCCCCAGAAGUGACCUGGACCACCAGCCACAACACACAGGGCUGGGCUGCAGGAACAGGGAGGCACCUUGGUUUGGAUCAUAAAUUUUGGGGGAGAUUACUGUGUUGUUGUUUUUUAACAGACAGCCAGGAAUUAGAAUCUUGCCUUGUCUCUGCUGCUGACCACCUGCAUGAAUUGCAUCUUUAGCAUCAUGCUGUCACAGUCCAAGACCAAGGAAGCCUUUGACUCCACUCUGAAAGACAUCAUUAUCCCCCCCAAAGAGAAACCUGGACACAUUUACCAAAAAGAAGAUACACUGCAGAAUGAUCUUCAAAAAGAAACCACAGUUGUUGGAAGUAUCCAUAUCCUGUGUUGCCUGAUGAUUUCAAGUUUUGGAGCUAUUUUGUUUUUUUCUCCCUACUCUUCCCACCUCAAGCCAGCAGUUUCCACCAUGUUGAUGUCCGGGUACCCAUUUGUAGGAGCUCUGUGCUUUGCCAUUACUGGAAUCCUUUCCAUUAUCUCUGGGAAAAAAUCAGCUAAGCUCCUUGCCAUCGGCAGCCUGACCUCUAAUGCAGUGAGUUCUGUUGUUGCUGGAGCGGGCCUCUUCCUCCUCGUUUACAGCCUGGUAGCCCUGAGGACGGCCUCUCAAUUGUGUGACUCAGAAAAGGAGCAUCUAUCCUCCUUGCCUUAUUCAGAGUACCCUAAUCCAAAAUAUGAAGUCAAGGACUGUGUCCUGGACGGUGUCAGUCUCACAGGUGUGCUGGUGGUGAUGCUUAUCUUCUCUGUGCUGGAGCACUUACUAGCUGCAUAUGCUUCUGUCUUUUGGUGGAAACAGGUCUACUCCAGCAACCCUGGGAGUUCAUUUUCCUUGCCUCAGUCACAAGAUCAUAUCAAACAUGUCAAAGACUUCUUCAAGGGUAUGGCUAUGAGUAACUGUUGGAUGUAGAGGAAAAAGGAAGGAGAAAUCCAGUGCUCAUGACAAAGUGUGAUUAGGCUUUCCUGAAAUUUCAGCUACUCUAGACUGUGGAAGAAACUUUUUAAAAAAUAGCUUUUGUUUUUAUUUUGUCCAUAUGAGUAAUUUUAUUGCUCUUAUAAAUAAUUUCCCCAGGGCCCAGGUCAGUAAAAUUUUAUUAGCCUGUCUUCCAAAAUGGACAUAAAAUGUAUAAACUUUUUAAAAAAUUUAUCUUUAUUGAUUUCAGAGAGGAAGGAAGAGGGAGAGAGAGAUAGAAACAUCAAUGAUGGAGAGAAUAAUUGAUUGGCUGCCUCCUGCACAUCCCCUACUGGGGAUCAAGCCUGCAACCCAGGCAUGUGCCCUUGACUGGGGGCCCUUCAGUCCGCAGACUGAUGCUCUAUGCACUGAGCCAGCUAGGGCUGUAUAAACUUUUUUUUUGGUAAACUAAACAGAAAGUGAUUGUCUAUCCAUAAAUAGCAAGAGAAAAUUUGCUGUUCUGUGCUUGUGUGAAUUGGUAAGUCAUGUGUCUGCAGGCUCUAUUUUCACAUGCAUAUUGCUUAAAUAAUAGAUAUUAGGAUUGUGAGAACAUUUUAAUUAAAAAUACUUAAAAAUAUAUGGCUCCAUUUCUGUCAAUUGAAUGGAUUAAAUUCCUCUACAUUAAAUAUAGCUCAAUGUUCUGUCUCAUUUAAUGACUUUAUUCUUAAAUCUGGAUUCAAAGAUUAUAACUUAUCACAAUCACAAUGCUUUCUCCCACCUAAGUUCUGGACAGAAUAAUAAAUUAGACAUAUAGAAAUAAUAUCAACUUUAUUAUUGUAUUGGAGUAAACAACAUGGCCAACCAAAUAAAGAGAUUCCUAAUAUUGCUCCUGAGUCUAGGUGUUGGGUCCUGUCUCAGAGGGAAAUAUGCAGCAGAUGUGCACAUGUAUAUUUUCCAAAUGACAUGUACAAAAAUGGCCAUAGAAGUCAUACACAUAAUAGCCCCCAAAGGCAAACAUCCAACUAAACAGUAGAAGAAAAUGAAAACUGUGUUAUAUUUAGGCAAUGGCGUAGUAGAUAGUACUGUGAGUGAACAAAGUACAAUGCAGCCACAUUGAUAAAUCCACAAAAUAAUGUUCAGGGGAACAAAAGCUACAUAUGAGAAUACAUACUGUAUAAUUCCAUGUUUAUAAAAUAAAGUUUGAACACAAGCAAAACUAAAAGAGUGUUAGAAUCAGGAGCAUGGUCACCUUUGGGGACAAUAAUUGGAAGGGGACGCAGAAGACCUACUGUUCCUAGAAAUGUUCUUUUUUUCCUUUAUCUGGCUGCUGGUGCUGUGCAUAUAUGAUGUGUUCUCUUGUUUCUCUACUGUAAUUGAAUAAAAACAUUU